UGUAGCUGGCAGAUGCCACAUAGUCUUUACAUAAAUGGCUAUUUGUAUUUUCUACUAUUUAAUUGCCCAGUAGCACAUCCCUGUUGCUAGAACUCGAUCUUUCCCUGUUAUUCGAAAGUGACCGACAACAGUUAAAAGUUCAGUGAGUGCUUCUGGUUCAGGUGCCUCAAAAGUGUUAGAAGCAAAAACUCAGCUGGGUUUUUGUCGUCUGGUAGCCACCAAUCGUCGUUUGAUUUUAAUCUCUUAUGUAUUUCCCGUGCAUGCCUAUGGAUAAUAAGAGCAAAAUUAUUAUAAAGAAACAACUUAAGAUGACUCACUAAGGGCUCACUACACUCGUCAUGCAUGGAUAAUACUGUUUAGUAUUUCUUAAAAAGUAUUUUUUCAGUGGUGCAAAGUAAAUGUUUUGAAGCAAAUGGGAUAAUCUUCUACGUGCUGUUCAAAACAUCACUAAUGCAUAACAUAGUUUUGUUGUUGUUAUUUUUGUGGAAGUGCCGAUGCGGACACAUAGGUAAAGAAAGUACAUUCACAAGGAGAAUCAUAUCAUUUAUGACUUCAUAAAUUCAUCAAUUUAAAUGUUAAACAAUGCAUUUCUGUUAAAAAUAUGUUAAGAACUGCAUUUUACAUCUCAGUGUAUGAUUCUAGCCUUCCUUUUCCUGGUGGACAUAUUACAACAAAAAUGGAAAAGAGAACACUUGCUGUGUUUUUCUGUCUUUAUUUUGGAUAUACAGUCAUCACAUAUGUAAGAAAAUCUGUUUCAUUUGCAUCACCAUCUUUGAUGGAAACAGAGAACAUGGACAAAAGCCUCAUUGGCUUGAUUCUAAGCAGCCAGGGGAUUGGCUAUAGUGUGGGUAAACUGCUGGGAGGAGUGUUGGUGGACCUUUACAGCCCCAGUACUCUCUUCACUGCUUCCCUCUUCAUGGCUGGUAUCAGUGUGGUGGCAUUUACUGUGUGUGACAGCAUGAGCAUGUUUGUAGUUUGCUGGUUCAUCAAUGGUCUUUCUCAGGGACCCAGCUGGCCAGCCUGUGCUGUCCUCAUAAAGCAGUGGUUUCCCCCAGAAAAAUUUGGAACCUGGUGGAGCAUCCUCUCAACAUCCAUGAAUAUAUCAGGAACAUUUGGUCCGUUAGUAUCAGCGUUUCUGCUCAGCUUGUUUGACUGGAAAACUGCCCUUAAUGCUGCAGCUACUUGUGCCAUUGCACUCACAGGGCUAGCUUAUAUGAUACUAGAUGACAGACCUACCAUAAAUACAAGUGACCAGAAAUGUGUCGCAGAAAAUAAGGCCUUGGGCUCCAGCAAAUCUUGGAAAGAGGGAAUAAGAGCAUUGCUUCGACAGCCCUUGUUUUUGAGCCUUUGUGUAAACUACAUGCUGGUGUCUACUGUAAGAGGUGCCUGCACAGACUGGGGUCAUCACUAUCUCAUCGACGAGAGUGGUCACUCGAACCUUACAGGCAGUAGUUUCAUAAGCAGCCAAGAACUUGGAGGAAUUUUUGGCUCUCUUGCUGCAGGCUGCAUUUCUGACUACUUCAUGUCCAAGAAUGCAUCACCUUACAACCCUCGUACGAUGGUCAUUUUGCUCUGCACAAUUCUUCAUUCAGCAUUUAUGUUCUUUUUUCUUAUCUUUGUCACCAGCUAUUCUUCUUAUCUUUCCAUCAGCAUACUUGGCUUUGGCAUUGGUUUUGGUAUAUAUGGAUCUAUAACACUCCUUGGAGUAGCAGCCAUGGAGUUAACAUCAGACAACCAAGCUGGCACUGCCCAUUCUAUUGCAUCAUUAUUUGCCAACUUGGGCAUGGUCUUGUCAGGAUAUCCACUUAGUCUGGUUGCCAGGCAGAACAACUGGUAUACUGCCUUUCUACUGGUUGAAGCUGUGUCCUUCAUGAACUGUCGGUGUUGCUGUGUUUAGGAUGAGGUACUCAGCAAAACUUUAUUCAAGCAUUAUAAAAGCUGACCUUUAUCCAGUGUCAAGAGAUCUGAAGAAAUAUUGCUUAUCUGUAGGUUGAUGGAAAUUUAGUUUUACAGCUCACUGUAAAAUUAUUAUUUAGUGGGUGUAUUCCACGUUUAAAAAGUACCUUAUGGAGUUAUUGUACAAAGAUACAAAUUACAUUUAACAAAGGGUAAAAGGCAGCAGAAGUGAGGUUAUUCUGGUGACUGAGUGAAUACUCAAACUUAAGAACAUUCAGUCUUCAAGACAAAAAGCCAUUGAACAAUCUCUCAAAACUGAAACUAGGUUUAUUAAGCUUAACAUAUGUGCCUUCUGUCUUCUAAUAUAUAAAUUGUUUGUAUAUACAUCAACGUAAUAUGCAUGAAAAUAGUUAAACUGAUAAGUGAGAACUAUCAUUAAAUUAUGCAACAAUAUUUCAAUGGAAGUCUUGACUCUGCAAAGAAUAUCAAAUAGAUUAUAUCUUCCAUUAAAUAAAUUAAAUUUUAUAAAGUUAUAAACAGCACCAAAGAAAGGGGAAAAAAUGAAGGGAUGCGGUCAAAAUGAGACUGCAACAGCAUCAUAUAGCUGCCAAACUGGCAAAUAAAUAAAAUAUCACAUUUUUUGCCUGCAUUCGCUGAGGAUGCAAUAGCAUACUAGUCAGUUAUAUAAAAGUAAGCUUUCUUUCAUAAAUCUUGUAUUAACUAGUUGCAUAUGCAUUUUAUAUGACGAAGUCUGGCAUUGUCUUUUUCUCUGGUUUUGCAAACAACAUGACUUUAUUUUACUCUAUUUUCAUUUUAAAUUCAUAUUUUUCAACUUUUGCAUGCUGACAUGAAAGGUGUCUGAAUUUUUUUUUUUCCACCCUGUGAUUAUUGGGUCUUUUUCAACAUUAUAAA